AUGGCAGGCGCAAGUAUUAAAAAGGUGCUUGUCAUAGGCGGAGGUGGGAACCUUGGUCCGGCUAUUUUGAAAGCACUUGCGGGCGAUUCGACGUUCACCGUGUCCAUUCUCGCGCGAAGAAGUGGUUCAUCAACCUACCCUGCUGGCAUCCGAGUCACCACAGUCGAUGACUCCUACCCAGAGGCCCAGCUUCGCAGCGUCUUCAAGCAUCAAGACGCAAUCAUCUGCGCUUUGAGCCUACAAAGUAUUGGUGAGCAGAUCAAAUUCAUCGACUGUGCAGUUGAGGCUGGAGUCAAAGUUUUUGUGCCCGCUGAGUUUGGCGGAAAUAAGGAAGCCGCAGGCCCCAUGGCAGGCGAGAAAUUACCGUUGCACGACACAAAAGAUCUUGUGCUUGAACACCUACGGCAGGCUGAGUCCAAGGGACUGUCAUGGACGGCGGUUGCUACAGGUCCAUUCAUAGACUGGGGUCUGUCAAAUGGGUUUCUUGGAUUUGACAUAGCUUCGCGGCAAGCCAAGAUCUAUGGCACAGGUGAUGAGGUAUGGACUGGUACAACGGUUGAAAAUAUCGGAUUGGCAGUUGCACGUUUAUUGCUUAAGCCAGAGUAUGUGAGGAACCGUUUCAUUUACAUAUAUUCAGUCAGAACAACACAGAACCAAGUCUUGAAAGCUUUGGAGUCGGCCACUUCAUAUACUUGGGAUGUGCAGAACCUGACUUGGGAAGAGGAGAUUCCAAGGGGUAGGAAACUACUCGAGCUUGGAAACAGAGCUGGCGUUGUUCCUUUAAUUCUGUCCUAUUUCUUUCGGCCUGGCAUGGGGGCCGACUUUGUGAAUGAUGUCGCCCCAGAUAAUGCUCUUUUGGGUCUUUCCACGCAGGGUAUCGAGGGGAUUGUUCAGGGCGUGCUAUCUAGUAUCUAG